AUGAUGAAAAAUACCUUUAAAGGACUUGAAGAUGGAAGGGACAAAUUUGAUAGGCUUACAGAUCUUCCUAUUAAUAUCAUACACCAAAUUCAGGAGCACAAGACUAUUGAGGAUGCCGCAAGAAUGAGUGUCUUGUCCAGUAAGUGGAGACAUGUUUGGGCUUCAAACCCGAAGCUCAGAAUUUCUGCAGACUUUCGCAGAAAGACAAACCAGACAGGCACAAUAGACAUCAUUAAUAGAAGUCUAUUGCAGCACUAUGGACCCAUUAAGACAUUUCUCCUUGAUAUUUCAAUGAUAAAUCCUUCUGAGCACUCAGUUAUUGAUCUAUGGAUGCUACAUUUGUCAAGAAAUGGUCUUGUGGAGCUCACCCUUCGGAGUUUAGAAUAUCUCAAUGCUCCUUAUAAGUUGCCUUCCUGUGUGUACGCCGUAGAGCUAGAACAUUUGAAUCUCUCAUACUGCACUCUCAGGCCACCUUGCAGUUUUGGAGGACUUGCAAUCAUGAUGACAAAUACCUUUAAAGGACUUGAAGAUGGAAGGGACAAAUUUAAUAGGCUUACAGAUCCUCCUAUUAAUAUCAUACACCAAAUUCAGGAGCACACUAUUGAGGAUGCCGCAAGAAUGAGUGUCUUGUCCAGUAAGUGGAGACAUGUUUGGGCUUCAAACCCGAAGCUCAGAAUUUCUGCAGACUUUCGCAGAAAGACAAACCAGACAGGCGCAAUAGACAUCAUUAAUAGAAGUCUAUUGCAGCACUAUGGACCCAUUAAGACAUUUCUCCUUGAUAUUUCAAUGAUAAAUCCUUCUGAGCACUCAGUUAUUGAUCCAUGGAUGCUACAUUUGUCAGGAAAUGGUCUUGUGGAGCUCACCCUUUGGAGUUUAGAAUAUCUUAAUGCUCCUUAUAAGUUGCCUUCCUGUGUGUACGCCGUAGAGCUAGAACAUUUGAAUCUCUCAUACUACACUUUCAGGCCGCCUUGCAGUUUUGGAGGUUUCCACAAGCUCAAAAACCUUAAAUUGGAUGGAGUCGCCUUUGAGUUAGACGUUGCAACUUCUUUCCUCUUUGUUCCAAACCUUCUGGAACUGAUGUUGUAA